AUGCCGAAGCCUAUGCGCAGGGUUGUUCAUAGCUUUGCACUGCCUUCUGACGGCCAAGUGUUUUGGCUCACACCUUCCUUCUGCUUUCCCACGCAUUGCACACAGCUUCCAAUGGCUCGCCGAAGCAGCACCAUCCUGGUGGUCGCCAUCCUGGCAGUUGCAUUCUGUGGCUUUGCCUUUGUGGCACCAAGCAACGGCAACGGUGGCGCACCUCCUCAACUGCGGGGCCAAGCGGAAGCUGCGCUGCUGGGUGCGGCCGUGGCAGCUGUACCUCAGGUAGCGCUGGCUGGCAACUCGGGCUAUGCACUUCUGCAGCUGGGCUGGGCUAUCUUCAUCAUCAGCCUUGGGCCUGCAGUUUUGUUCUGGAUCUACUUCAACAAGCAGCUUGCUGGCACUGCCUGUGAUAUCAGCCAAUAUUCAGACAUGGCUGAGAGGAUUGAGAGGCUGAGGAAAAGCACACGAGCGUUUGAAAGGCAACUUCGCAACAAUGCCAAUAUCUUGGAACAGUCUUAUGCUGAGCAACUUGCAGUGGCUGCAGCUGCGAUCAAGCAUGACGUGUCCAGUUUGACAGCCCAGCAACUGGUGGAAGCCAUAGCUGAAAUUGCUGUCCUGAAGAUCAAGACCUGCAGUGCACGACCAUGGUUGGUCUACCGCAAUGACGAAUUAGAGGCACCUGCCAAGGCACAGCAAUGCCGCAACGCUGGCAGCGUACUCUGCCAGGUUGCUGUGAGCCAGGAGGUUCUUUUACGACCGGAAGACUUUGGCUCUCAGGAGACUCACGAGCAGACAGAUGUUGCAGAUCCAGAUCUCAAGAAGCGCAAGUUGAGCAAAGAGGAGACUUUCACUGACCACUUGCGCAACCUUCAGCUGAGUGGUUUGGGGCCCGACACCACCAAAGAUGAACUCAAAGACUGGGUUGAGGAGCAGUUGCCCGGUGGAUGUGGAAUCGAGUCUGUGCGUCGGAUUCUUGGGAAACCUGGUCAUUUCACAAUCUCCUUCUGGAAGGACCACAAUGCCAAACGGGCGCUCCAAGAGCUGAAUGGAGCAGAGAUGAACGGUGUGGCAGGACGAUUGAUUGUCCGGAACUUGUCCUUCAAUGCCAACCAGAAGCACUUGCGGAAGGCCUUUGAAGUCAUCGGUAGUGUAGCGGACAUACAUUUGCCGAUGAAGGAGCUCAGUGAUUUCUUGUGGGAGAAGUACACAGCUGUUUCAGGAGGUGAAGCGUUCGCAGAAGCUGAGGAUCUUCUUGGCUUGGAGCGUUUUGCUGAAGCAGUUGAGAAAGGGCAGCAGGCCCUGGAAGCCUUCAGAGGCAGUGGCAACAAGGAUGCUGCGGCUGAUGCAGUUCGUUUGGUCGUGAAGGGCCUCGUGGGUCGAGAACAGCAUUCUCGAGCACAAGAUUUGGCAAAAGAGGAGCUUGCCAAGUUUCGAGAGGUUGGUCAUCGGCUCGGCGAGGCCAAGAUGCUCAUGUCACUCGGGGAGUCCACUCCAGCGAAGGAAGGUCGAGCCAAGGCAGAGGCUGUGAGUGCUCUGAAGGAAGCAAGGUCUAUUUGCCGGAACUCGAACAACAAAGAGUGGGAGGUGAAAGCUCUGCUUACCUUGGCUUGGCUGAACAUGGGCAAAAUGGAAGACCUUGGAGCCGUGGAGACUGCCCUGAAGAAUGCAACAGAAGCGAGAGAUAUUUCGCAGGAGUUUGACAACAAACGAAUAGAGGCCGAGUGUCUUUGGGCCAUGGCAGAGUCUCGUGGGUUGGUUUCAUCCCCCGAUGAUGCAUUAGAUGCAGCCGACGAAGCCAUGGAUCUCUUUCUCGAACUUCGGGAUAAACGCAUGGAAGCUAUGGUGCUCUUGAAGAUGUCGGAAUGGAACCUGAAGCUCGGAGAUCAUGCCAGAGCUCUUUCUGAUGCUGAAGAUGCUCUGGAGAUCUAUCAAAUGUUGCAGUCCUCACUCGAAGUAAAGGCCCUCCGGCGUGUCUUCGAUGCCCAUUUGGCACGGCAGGACAUGCGGAAGGCGCGGCUUGUCGCUGCAGAAGCGCUGAGGCAUUUCCGGGAACAGAACAACAAGCCUGCCCAGGUUGAAGCCGUUCGCAUGCUCGUCGAGCUGUAUGUGAAGGCAAACCGUGUUGAGGAGGCUCUGACAGCUGCCAAGCGCGGGAUCACCGUGUGCAAGGAGCUGGGAGAUGCAGCUGCGCAGGCUUCCCUGAUGCUCACAGUUGGACGUGCUCGCUUGCGGAUGGCACAGCUGGACAAGGCCAUAGGCAUUGCGCAGGAUGCGUUCGCGAUGCUGAAGAAGAUCCCUUCCACAACAAAGAGGAUUUGCGAGGACAAGGUGGAGGCCAUGCACGUCUUGAUCGAAGCGAAGUAUCACAAGGGCCAUAGAGAUGAAGCCUUGGACCAAGCACUGGAAUUCAAGGAGAUUUUUGAGCAGCAAAAUGAUGGGAAAGCAUUGGGACAUGCCUUAUUGAUUGCUGCAACCCUGGAAUUCAAAAGAGGCAACGUUGAAGAAGCAUCAAGCUACAACACAAAAGCCCAGGCAAUGUUUGGAGAAGAGUCAGAUACAUCAGGUGAGGCUGAUGCCUUAAAAAUGAGUGCGGAGAUACAGUGGAAGAAAAACGAGUUCAAGUCAGCCAUCCGCUUUGCAGAGAAGAGUAGAGCUUUGUAUCGCGAGUUGGGCAAGAAUGAGGGAGAGAUCGCUUGCAUGUACAUGAUCUCCGAAAACGCAGUUCGUCUUUCGGUCAAGGAGGGAGCUAAAAUCUACAGCGAGGAGCCGAUUCCGAGGCAAGCACGCGAUGCAUUGGACAAGGGCAUCAAACUUGCUGAAGCUGGAAUCAAACUUGCGAAAAAUACAGGUCUUGCAACAGCACCCGAGUUGAUGGGCUCUCUGCUUUGUGCCAGAGCUCAGGGUCUCACUUUGAAGGCGCGCUUUGAGGAGGCUCUUGCCUGUGCAGAUGAAGCUGUGCUCAUCUACCGGGAUUUGGGUUGUUACCAGCUGGAAGCCAACGCUUUGAUGCUGACCUGUGAUAAUUUGCGUGCGCUCGAGCGAGUGAAGGAGGCUGCAGAAGCAGCAGAUGAAGCUUUGGCACUAUAUCGGCACGUAGAUGACACUGCUGGAGAGAACUUGGCGCUGGAAGUGAUUGCCACUUUCCAGGAGUUCAUGCAGCAACAGGCGCCUCAAUUCAUGCCGCCACCACCUGCAGCUGCACCUGGGCAGCCACAAGUUCCGGUGUGGCAACAGCAGUCAGAACAAGGAGGACCACCUGAGGCUGCAGUUGCAAAGCCAGUGCAAAGGGGACCUGCGGGACCAGCACUGGACGUGAAAUCUGGGCUUAGCCUUGAGGUGGUGACUGGCAAGGUGAAAGAGAUUGCCCUCAGGAUCACAGGUGCUGAUGAUGGAGAGAUUGAAGCUGACACACCAUUAAUGGAAGCGGGUCUCACAAGCAACUCCGCAAUCAUUAUGCGCGAUGAGCUUUCCCAAGCUUUGCCUGGGGUGCAGCUUCCUGUCACCCUGGUGUUCGACUAUCCAUCAGUCUCUGCCAUGACUGAGCUCAUCUUGCAGAGCACUGGGGCCCCAGCCCUCAAGAAUUGA